CCAGGAAGUACAUUUAUACAGUGUUAGUGGUGUGAAUGGGUAGUUUGUAUGAGUGUGUCAGUGUGUAGGCUCUGUCAGAGUCCGGAGUGAUUUUUUUUUUUACCUCGGUGAUAAACGCGUUGUAAAUAGCGAUGUCUCCCGAUGAGCUGGUGUACUUGGGAAUCCUCGCCGCCUCCAUCCCUGUUGGAUUCCUCUUCCGUUACCUCAGUCCUCCUGUGAAGCAGGGGGCAUCUCUUCUUCUGGGCCUCUCUGUCGCCAUUGCCACCUGUAACAUCCAUACCCUCCACUCUCUGGUGACAAUUAUUGGAACAUGGAUUAUUAUAAAGAGCAGCUGGAGACAUGCCCCGGCACUGAGUCUCAGCUGGACUUUUCUCUACCUCCUCUUCUUCCGCCUGGUCGCUUGGUUUGGUUUGCCACCGCCGACACCUUUUGCCAAUGCCAUCCAGCUACUUCUCACUCUCAAGAUGGUGAGUCUGGCCAACGAGGUGCACAGCUUCCACAUGGAGAAGAAAAAGGACGUGAGCUCCUUCGCCAAGUCUCCCAUCAUUGGUGGUCUGUCUCAGGAGCCCUCCCUCUAUGAUAUUCUGUCCUAUAGCUACUGUUACGCCGGUAUAAUGACCGGUCCGUUCUUCCGCUUCCAAACAUAUGUUGACUGGCUAAGGCAGCCGAGCCCGCUGGCCCUUCCUAGCUGGGUGCCGUGCCUGCAGCGUCUGAAGCUGGUUCCUGUCUACGGUGCUCUGUUCCUGGCUGUCAACUCCGUCUUCCCACUGGCCUAUGUUCGCACAGAGGAGUUCCUGGAUCGAAACUUUUUCUUUAGGUUUUUUUACAUGAUAGUAGUGUUCUUCGUGUUUCGGAUGCGCUUCUAUGCGGCGUGGUGCGGAGCUGAGGCUGGCUGUAUCAGUGCAGGUCUGGGCUGCUAUCCAGAGAAGGCGCUGUCCAAACCUGGAGGAGGACCCACCGUCAACUACAGUCCUGAUCCCACUGCUGAGGAGAAAUAUGACUUCAAAACCAUCCAGAACAUCGACUGCUACAACACUGACUUCUGUGUGAAGGUCCGCCACGGCAUGCGUUACUGGAACAUGACAGUGCAGUGGUGGCUGCAUCACUACAUCUACCCCAACGCUCCCUUCAAAGCCUAUGCUCUCAGGGCCGGCUGGACCAUGUUCAUCAGCGCCUACUGGCAUGGCCUACAUGCCGGCUACUACCUCUCCUUCCUCACCAUCCCGCUGUGCAUCGCAGCCGAGUCUGCCAUGGAGUCCUCCGUCCGAGCCAAACUGGGUCCUUCUGGACAGAACAUCUUCGACUGGAUUCACUGGUUCCUGAAGAUGAGGGCCUACGACUACAUGUGCAUGGGCUUUGUGCUGCUCAAGGCCUCCGACACCAUCAACUACUGGACGUCCAUCUACUUCAUCAUGCACGUCAUCGCCGUUUGCUGCAUUUUAGUGGGCAAGGUUCUGAAGGGAGGAAAGAGGGAAGGAAGGAGAGGGGACAAGGAGGAGAAAAGAGAGGGGGAGAAGAUAGAAAAUGUGAAAACUGGAGAGAAAACAGACUGAAUUGAGGUACAGAAAAGAACUGGGUGGAUACUUUUUUUGGGACAUGAGGAGGAGUUACUUCAAGACUAGAACAUCCAACAUUGAUCUCACCAAUAGUCAUCUUUCUAGCAACAAACAUUACACAGAGCUGAUAAGAUUUCUCAUGGAAAAAUGGAAAAUAAUUAAAAGUGUGUGAUGUGUAAAAUCGGCUAAAAGACAUUCCAUAUAUGUACAUGUACAUGAAAGUACUCUGAACAGUGGGAGAGGAAUGUUUGAGCUCAAUGAAUGUUACUUUUGUAGUGUCAGGAACUGGGGCGACUGCCUGUACAGGAUGUGUACUUUUAUUUCACAACACCAUUCCCAGUUUUAAGUGUUUAAGUAACCUCAGAAUGGUCAAAAUGAGGUUGUUGUGAUGUCAAGAUGCUGUUUAAGAACCAGGCAGCAGAGCGAGGCAAACAAUAACCAGCUGAAUUCUCAUAAUGAUGUUAUAAAUAUUUAAAAGAGGAGCAGAUUGAAUGUGAUUAAAUUGAGCGUCCAUAACCAACAAUGCAUUCCAGCAGCACUCAGUAUUACGUUACAGCACAUUUAUUCUGGAGUACAGAGAGGAGAGAGUGUGAUGAAAAAAGGCUCAGGCUUCAGGCUCAGCUGUCAUGUUUGUGUGUGAGCAUUAUCAAAAAGUUUAGAAUAUAAUUCUGCUGCCAUUUUGCAUCUUAAAUCAGCACCAUGACUGUUUCUGACCUCAAUAAAUAUAAUUGUGAUGCAGAAAAUUUACAAUAUAAAACUGUAAAACUUACUGUGCAGCCCUUAUUAGAGGUCUGCAGGAGCAAAGCAAGGUCCAGAUCACAUUUGUACAUUAAGACUUCUUUAAGUGUUUUAGACGAUGGUUUUAAAGCUACAGUUGGUAACUUUUAUAGAAAUAACUUCCUGCUGAAACUGUCUACAUACUCACAGUGUUAGGGUACGGUCACACAUGAGCAAAAUUAGCAUUGGUUAAUAUUUGCCUCCUGAAGGGGUAACUAAAACAUUCGCUGCCAGUGCAAGGCAAAUUCGCAUCUUCACACUGCGUGUAGUUCAACUUUGGUGAACUUUGAUUGCCGAAGUUGCAGCCUCAACUAGUUGCAUGUGGAGGAGAUGUUGAAUAUUGCCAUGUUUAACCAGCUGAUACUGUUUGAUAUUACUCUUUAGAAAUAAAAACCGCCCAUAUGAGUGAUGCUGCCUGAUAUGAGAAAGUUUGCUCAGACCAGUACGCUGUGCUUCAUUUUGGUUUGAUGGGAAAAAAAUGUAUUGAGUGUAUUUUGACAGGUAUUGCGAUUUGGAUAUGAGUUGCGAUUUUAGUAACAAUGGUAAUCUUUGCAUUUCAUUUUCUCUGACAAAAAGUAUAAAUAUGAUGAUGUGAUUAUUGCUGCACUAAACAGGUAUGGUCUCUUACAUUUGGAAUAUAAUUUGUUGGCCGGGGCAUCUCUGCAGCACCACAGUGCUUCAUUUAUAAUGUUAUGUUGUGACACAUUUUGUCUCUAUCAAAAAAAUUAUAGCUCCCAGAUAUUAUAUAUAGGUAUAGGAACUAUGAGGUGGAGAAACCUGAUUUCUAUCCGCCUCGUGUACAGCUGUGUGUAUGUAGUGACAGUUUCAGCAAAUAUGACAAAAAGUAAAUUUUUAUUAAAGUUACCAGCCACAGCUUUAAGCAUUAUAAUGUUCCUCUUUUUUUCCCCCGUAGCAUUUCUGUGCUUUGGUUCACUCCUGUGAUCCAGUGAAUCCAAAAUGUCUCUGUUUGUAUUUUUUUUUCUUACUGUUGCUCUGCCUGUAACUGUAAGCAUACCUGGAACAUGUGCACUGACAUCUCCGUAGCAGUGCUGUAUCCGGUGAAGAGUGCGCUCUGUGAAAGAACAGCAACAGUCCGUUCACUGCCAAAAUGUCUGUACUGCCAUCGUGGACCAUUCAGGGUUGGGACCAAACAUUUGAUACCAAAAGUCGCAAGUUUCACAUCGUAACUAUAAGCUGCCAACAUGAAUAACAGCACAGCUAGGGCCGGGCGAUGUGUUCAAAAUCAUUAUUGUAAUGUUAUUUAACACAGUGUUUUUAAAAACUGCAACAUGAAAAUAUUCAAACUGAUGUGUUUGUAUCACAUAUGACCAGAAUUAUCAAAUGUGUAAAACACUGUAGUCAUUUUAAAUUAGAGAUCACUUUUAGGCAAUUAAUCAAUUGUUUGAUUGACAGAAAAUUGAUUGGCAACUAUUUUGAUAAGUGAAUAAUCGUUUUAAUAAUUUUAUAAGCAAACGUGCUGGUUUUGUACUCACUAAAUGUAAGAGUUUGAUGCUUUUCUUUGUCACACAUGUUGAUAAACUGCUUAACUUCGGAUUGGCAAACCACUGGUCAGAUAAAACACCACAGGGUUCUCACUGUCUGGAGAAACCUAGAAUUGCAUUUCUCAAUUUCAUUUCAUUUCAUGUCAUGGAAUUAGGUUGUGUGUGAUGAAACUGUUACUGUAAUCUGCGGUGGAUAACCUUUCACACGAUGUAACAUAAGGGAAAAUUUAUUUUCUGUAACUGCCGAUGUAACAUAGCUCUAACGUGAUAAUGUUUGACAGUGUUUUGUUGACCAUCCCACAAGUUUCUCCUCAUUUUCUGUCUCUCCCUUCAUGUUUGCCAGCUAGCUGAAAUUAUGUUCGAACAGAGUUUGAAUCUAAUAUGUUUGAAAAAUGCAGAGCAAGUUGGGCAACUUUUUUUUUUUAUUAUUGGUACUUAAAAAGUCAUGGAAAAGUUUGAAAUGUUGUCCAUGAAAAUGUGCUGCACCAUUUGAAGACGUCACCACCAUUUCACUGUUUUCUGAUAUUUUCUUAACAAAACCACUGGUUAAUUGAAAAAAUAAUGGGCAGAUUAUUUGAUGCUGUCAAUAUUUGUUAGAUUCAGCCCUGAUUACAUGUGAACAAGCCCAAAUGUGUAAAACAAAAACCUCAGUUUUGUGGGUUUUAAUUAGAGCUAGAGUGAUAACAUAUGUUCAUAUUCAAAGUUGCUAAAUGGUGAUAUUGAAUAAUCGCUCGGCCCUAACCCCGAUAAACUGUGAACAGUUGGAAAACAUGUUGAGAGCUGUUUCACUCACACCUGUCUCAAACUGUGUAUAAACUCCACUGUGUCUCUGUUUUCUAUGAGCAUGUCUGACAACAGAACUGAAAGGUCUUACCUCCGUGUUUGUUUGGUUCUCCACGUUACCUGGAACUGAGAUCAUUUGACUUAUAAAUUAAUUUUGUGUCAUGCCUUUACCCUCUGUGUGCCAAGAGCCAAGCCUUGUAAAAAUGGUUCCCUUUGUUUUUAUUACUGUGAUGUUGUGACUUUUAGUUCCUCUUUUGACUGCUUAUCUCCCGACCGCAUUUUGUGUGGUUGUGUUCUUCAGCUUCACUGCACCAGCUGUAACACUCCCUACUCUGUGACUGUGGAAUACAUAUCAGCAUUUCCUCA